AUGGUGAAUACUCUUUCGUCCAAGUUGAAAGACUUAGAGCCGGUUUUAAGUGCUUUUGAGAAGAGACAGGCUUAUUCGAAAGUUGAUCGGGCAUCGAAGCUCGUAAGAUCAAAAUUGGAACAGAACAACAGAUCGAUUAGAACAUUCCAGUUCAAGAAGAAACCUUUGGUUAAGACCUUCUCGGAGAAGACGGCUUUUAAAAGCAUCAAUCUAGAUGUCAAUCAUGAUGCGGUCCAAACUUUAGUUGGCAAAGAUCUAACGGUCGAGUGUGGAGUACAGAGUUUUGUAAAUUUGACCAAAUGCAGAAUAUCUUACAAUGCGCAAGAUAGCACCAUUCAGAGAACAAAUACUGGUGCCUUGAGUUUUGAUACGUUCACUGGUUGUUGCGUUGACCUUAACGGACUGCCUUUUCUUAAGGGCAGCAUCGCUGCUAGAAACUGUAACUAUACUUUGUUCAAGAUAGUUCUAACAGCUGAAACCCAAGUCCAAAUACGUUUCUACAACCUGAGUAACUGUCAGCUCUAUGUGACUAAAAAAGGGUCCCAUCGACAAGAUAUCAUACUGGAGAAGUGCGAAAAAUGCACAAUUCACAGCAGCACGAAAGACUAUCUAGAUAUCUACGACUUCGAACGGCUGGGCUCUCGUUCAACGAAUCCAGGAGGUGGGAUGGGAAUGGCAUUUGAGUUUGAUGAAUUCGAGAUUUGA